AUGUCCACCGCCCUCGCACAAAGCCACGACGAGAGCGUCCUUCUGACGAUCACCCUGUCACCGACAUCCGCAUUGCACGCCAACCCGGACGGAUUGGCGGUGCACCCGCUCAUCAAACGCCUAGGCCGCGUCGGCGAGCUCCAGGACGUCCAGGUGCUCAGCGUGCCGCGCCAGAGCUGGCCGCGCGUCGAGGGCGAGGUCGUCGACGCGCUGAACGCGCUCCCGGGCGUGCUGCGUGUCGACGUGCAGGAGAGGCUGAAGCUGAGGCCGAAACGGGGAGCAGACGAGCUGUGA